CGUUGCGAGCGAGCCGGGCGCUUCCGUUAACGCCCGAGCGGCGCCGGAAGCAGCGAGAGCGGGGCUGCGGAGUGGGACGCGGCGGAGGUAAUGGGUCUUCAGAGGCAAAGUCUCUAAGACUAACAGAAAAUGGCAUAUCGGAGAGAUGAAAUGUGGUCUGAAGGACGAUAUGACUAUGAAAGACUUCCAAGAGAACGCCUUCCUCCAAGGUUUCAUCCUGAUGAUGAGUACCAUAGAAUUGUAAACAUCAUGCCCAAGAAACCUCCACUUCUUGAUAGACCUGGAGAAGGGAGUUACAGUCGCUAUGAUGAUUACAGCCACGCUGAGUACAGAGACUAUGAGGAGGGUCGUGGUUUUGCCCAUGAGCGAAGAAGUGGCCCACCACAUCGAGGUGUACAUAAGGAUGAGUCAGGAUACAGAUGGCCAAGAGAUCAUCCUAUGAAUCGUCAGACUCAAUACAGGAAGGUCAGAGAUGGCUUCAGGAGAAAAAGCUUCCAUCCCUCUCAUUAUAUGAGAGAGCGAUCCCCUCAUAAGAGAGACUCUCCUUUCUUCAGGGAAUCGCCCGUGAGCCGAAGGGAUUCUCCGCACAGCAGAUCUGGCUCUAGUGUGAGCAGCAGAAGCUACUCUCCUGAAAGAAGCAAAGCCUAUCCUUUCCACCAGUCCCAGCAUAGCAGAAGUAUGUCAUCUUUACAUAAAAGAAAUAUUUCUUCUCAGCAAGGUAAAGAGAGGACUUCAGUUCAGUCGUCGAAAACAUCAAGAGAUGCAUCACCAUCGGGCUCCACAGCACUACCCACAUCAAAGGCUAUGGAGAAGAGCAACAGACUAUCAGAAAAGGAACUCGCAGAAGCUGCAAGCAAAUGGGCAGCUGAGAAGUUAGAAAAGGAUGAAAACAAUUUAUCGGAAAGAACAGAGUAUGAGGCUGGUUCUUCAGCUCCAUUAUAUGUCGAACAAACAGAGGAAACAGAAGCAAAUGUAACUGACAGUACAGAAUUAUAUGAAGAUAACCAGCAUCUUUGCCGCUCAAAAGCAAUUGCAACUAAAACCAAGGAGAUAGAGCAGGUAUACAGAGAAGACUGCGAAACCUUUGGCAUGGUGGUGAAGAUGCUGAUCGAUAAGGAUCCGUCGUUAGAGAAGUCCAUUCAGUUUGCUCUGAGGCAGAAUUUGCAUGAAAUAGGUGAGCGAUGCAUUGAGGAACUCAAACAUUUCAUUGCUCAGUACGAUGCUGCCAACCAAGAUAUGUCAGAAUCCUUCAAAGAUGGCUCAUACUAAGACAAAAAUACAGUUAGAACUCUGCAUACAGUACGUGCACUGCAAUGCAUACAUCUGUUUCAUGUGAGGAAAGGGGAGUUUGUGUUGAAGAUUGGAAGCCAAGGCCUGUGCUACUUCAUAGCUCAGAUGGCUGUACCUUGCUCAUUGCGGUCUCCACAGUUCUAUUCUUUCUACCUGUACUUGUUGUUUCUUUGAAAACGAUGGUUUUUUUCUUCAAGAGUUCUGUAAAGUGACAAGUUAUGCAGUUACCUGGCAAAACGCAUUCAGUCUGAUGUUUGUGCACUUGCAUUUUGAUGUUUGUAAGCAUAACCAGAAACACCACGUUUUUUAUUAAAACAAGAAUGUUCUUCCUUCCUUAGCUUAUGCAGAAAUAUGUCCUGUGUUCAUAUAUACUGUAGGCAAGAACGAUUUGUAAAAUUGCUCACAGCUAUGAUUUAAUUUAUUUAUUAUAGUUUAAUUUUGAAUUUCAGAUGGAUUCUGUAAAAUUACACCAGGGUUUAUGUCUAGUCUUUGCCAGAGGAACUCUGCCUACUUAAUGUUAGAAGAACCUACUCUACUUCUGCGAAUGCUUUUUAUAUGUUGGUUUUCCACACUGUAUAUCAUUACUAGUGAGCAGUAUUAUGUAGAACUAAAUCCAAUUUUUGUUAACUGUUUGCAACUGUCUUCUUUUGUAAUGAUUUUUAUUUUGAGCGAUACCUUACAGAAUGUAAGCACAGGCAGACACUGAGGAGAGGACUCUGUUUUUACCCUUUCCCCUUCUUAUCCCUUAAACCUCACCAUUUUUUGUGCAACAGUUAGGAAGCCUUGUAAAUCUUCAGAAAUCAAGAAGGCACAGGAAUUUGGAGUGCCAAGAUGAGGUCUGGGCCAUCUCUCUAUUUAGUAACUCCAAAUUGCUUCAGAUCAGGUAUAAUGUGAAGUUAAACCCUAAGUAGAUCCCAGAUGCGUUAUCUCAAACCUAAAUGAUUCUGUAGUAGUGUAGUAUCUGGAGCCAUUUUUGACCUGAUAGAGAGUGACUUAUAGCUGGGAAGAAUGGUUGAGUAGAGGCAAGGAACUGCCAGUGCUGUGCCAUUGCGUUGCAGAGAUGAAACGUAACUUAGGAAUCGUUGGCACUGGUGGGUAUCCUGACUGUUGGUAUGUGUACAUGGAAGGUGAUACUGUUUUUCUUGAACGUUUUAGGAAGAGGGAGAAUUUGAGUCAUAGACAAGAAAAAGUAAACGAUUGUUUUCUAUGCAUGUAUUUAGAAACAUGAAAUUCUGUCCAAUGGCCGACAACUAAAGCUCACCGUUUCCCAUACGCACGGUAUUAAAUGAAAAUGUCAAUGGAUUCAGCCCCUUAUUAAGUAGCUUCUCAGAUUACUGCCAAAUGGUUUGCAGAAAAGUAAAUACAGUGGCAGCGAUUUUGCACAUACAAGGUACUCGACCACAGCAUUUACACAGACAAACCUUGAUGUGGUGCAUUAAAUAUAUAUUCCAUCAAAUUCCUGAGAUGCCUGAUUAGUUUUAAUGUCAGGGCUGCAGGGUUAGGGAAAAGCUCACUGAUCCUACUGGGUGCUGAUCUGGGGUGGGAGAUGGGAAAGAAAGGUGACCUGUGAUGAUACAGCAGCUAGACCUGACCCAGCCCUUUUUGCAACAGCCUGGCUUGUCCUGCAACCACAGGCAAUGUUCUCUGAGACAGAAACGUCGCAAACAGGGCUCACUGUGGACCAGAUAGUUUUUCAGGUGGUAGAUCUGAGCUUCUGCUUUGGGUUAGAAACACUAAAGAAGAAAACAGUGAAUUCAUGCUUAAUAUAUUUUUUGUCCAUUGUUACUGUAUGUUGUGUUAGGAGUCUCUUUCUUUUGUUCUCAUAGUGAAAUUUAGUCAGGCUUCUAAAAGUACCUGAUUUUGCAAGAGCUUCUCUAUAGAGCUUACAACACUGUUGUGUUUUUGCAGUUAGUCAGUAGGUCAACAUCUUCCUAGGAUGUUCUUAGCAUUCUUUUGUUUUUAAUUGAUUUAUUUUUACUGAUGAGCUAAGGAGACACUUUUAUUUUUAUUUUUUUAAUAAAUGCUGUUUCUAUGAAAGUGA